AUGUUACUCACCCUUAAAUAUUUGAAUAAGAUUAAACAGAUCAAUUUGGAUAAACGGGUAAAUGUGUAAUCUUUGCAAAUACUUUUGGCGUAAUUAUUUAGUAUCAAAAACAGAAUAAUAGGCUUGAUAGAUUAAGAUGGUAUCAAUAAUUGUUAAUUAUCAAGGCAAUUUCUACGAUUUAUCAUAAUUUAUCUAAUAAUUGUAAUACACACGAUGUAAUGUGUACACUAUUGUAAGUGAAGAAAAUUAUAAUUAAGAUGACAACAAAUUAUUAUAAACAUCUCUCAAAUAUAGUUAGAUGUCAGAUUACAACAAUAAGCUUUCAUUUAUUGAUUUCAUUUAUGAUUUGGAUGAAUUCCAAUAAAUUCUAGGUGGAGAUCAAUAUACUUGUAUUUUUUUGAUCGAUGAAAAGGAUUAUCAAGGGUUAGAUUUUCUAUGCGCACUAGAACCCUUGAUAAAUAACUUUAAUAAUUGGAUUAACUUUUUCUAUUCCUUUAGUAACAUACUACAAGAUCAAGCCAGGGAGAAUGAUUUAUAUGUUAAGUUACUGUGGAUCUACAAAGGAUCUAAGAAAAUUGUUUCCAUUUAAUUGAAUAAUGAUAAAAAAAUGAGAUAAAUGGAUGAAAUUAUACAAAAAUUAGUUUAAGCUAAAUUACAAGGCACUAGCACAAGAACUUCAAAUAUCAAACAACAAUCUCAAAUCUCAUUUCAAUAAUCUCCUAAUAACAGAAGAAGCAAAUCUAUUCGUAAAUUAGUUGAAGAAUCUUAGACUUCUAAUAACAAUGUAUAUAUGAAUUCUAAUGUUGGGCCUUCAAAAUUAAUCACUAGAGUAUAAGCCAAACUCAUCCAAAGGGAUCCUUCAAGAGGCAGUGAAAAUUUUGAAGAUUAUCGAUAAUAAUAAUAAAAUUCAUCAUAAUUUUAAUAAUAAAGUAAUAUCUAUCAAAACGAAUCAAUGAUCAUUUAAUAAGAUAUCCUAUUUGCUUUGGUGGGAGAUCUAGAAGAAAAGGAAAUAUUAGAUGUCACGAUGGCAAGAUUAGUAAAGCGUUUGCUAAUAGAAGAAAACAAAGAACUUAUUCAAGUCUUAUAAAAAUAUUUGUAGAAUCAUAUAAACAUUCAAUAAUUAUGUGAAAAAUUGAACAUAAUUAUUGAGAAUUGCACGUAUUAAGAGAGACCAACAUCUCCUUUCUAAACUCUUAAAUAAACAAAGCCUAAAAUGGUAUCCUAAUAAAUGAAUUCUUAAGACUUUAAUCGUUCUGCAUAAUAAGAUUCAAUUCAAAAUCAUUAGACAUAACGAUUAGAAGAUAUUAAAAAUAAAGUUAUUGAAAGAAACAAUUACAAUUAUACUUCUGAGUAAUUUGGAAUUAUGAAUGCCUUAUGGGAUCAAUAGGAUCAAGUCUUAAUACAAUUAUGUACCGAUAUAUAUAAUAAGAUGCAAAAAGGUGAAUAACCCUCUCUAAAACCAUUAUAGAUUUAUUCUGGUUCCAAAUUUAAUAAAUUAUUGUAGUAAAAUUUCAAAUUAUCGGAAAUUACAAUGAUUCACGAGCAUAAUAAUAGCCAUUCAGGGUCAAUCUAUGCAGUUCUACAACAUUUUAGAUACUAAAGCAAUAUAGAAUAGUUUAUUAAUGAUUUAAGAAAAGCUAUCAAUUCGGUUUAAAGUUAAAAUCAACAGCUUAAUUAACCUUAAAAAUAGUAAGCCUAAGAAUCUAAAGUAAUCCUGUUAUUUAAAUAAAUUCCCAAAGCUCCAUCGCCUUAUAGUGUUUUAAUGCCCAAUUUUUAAUUCUAAGAAAAUACAUUGACUUAAGCUACUACUACUACAAUAUAAUAGGAAUAAUAAUAAUAAUAAUAAUAAUAAUAAUAAUAAUAACUUAAACGAUAAAAUGAGAAUUAAAUCAUGCUCACGAACUAAACUUUGCCUAUUCCAUAUAAAAUUGAUAAACGUAUUGAAGAAUAAUAAGUUAUCUAAACAUCAGUUUAAGAAUAGCCAAUCUUAAAAAAAAAUGACAUUAUGAGUCGAUCUGAGUAAAUUUCUCCAUAAUAGAGAAUAAGUACACAGCAAGUUGCUGCUAAAGAUAUUAUUUUUAAUGAAGAAAACUUUAUGUAAACUAAAAAAGAAAAAAGACUUGCCAAUAAGGGAAAGAUCGAUUAAUUUUAUUCAUGUCAAAUUGAAAAGGAGCUAUAGCAAAUAUUUGAAGAUAUGCUUUGGUAUAUGGAUUUAGAUGAACCAAAUGUUAGCUAAGUGUAAUUGUUAUUAUCAGACCAUAAUCAGAAGCUAUAUGAAAUUUUAUAAGGUUGGCAAUCUUCUAGGAAUAUUUAGAAUACAAAAACAAAACUUAUGUAUUAUUUAAUUAUAUGAUAGAAAAUUAUUAUCUGAAUAAUAAGUGAAAAAAGAUGAUUAUAGAAAAAUAAAGAUGUAUAAUUUAUUUAUGAAUUAAGUGAGAUAAUUUACAUUAUAAAAUCAUCUAUAAGAUAAUGAGAAAAACUUUUUAUUAAAAAUGUUUAUGGAUAAUGAUUUAUAGGUUUUAGGAACUUUUGAAACUUAUUUGUAGAAUCAAGAUGCUGAAGAUAUGUUAGAAAAUUUAAAGUUGAUAAUCAAAUAAUAUUCGAAAUUCACAAAUGUAUAAUAAUAUAACCAUUAUUAAAAGAUCAAUUCGCCUAAUACAGAUGUGGAUCAAUAACCUAUUAUAGAGCCGAUACAGAACUAAUUAACUGCAAAAGAGAUUUUAUGGCAAAUUAGAAUGUAUUUUUCAGCCGAGGAGAAAAAUAGAUUAGAUAAUAUGCCAUAAGAAUAGAGAGAUAUGAAAAUUGUUUAAUUAUAUUAAGAGUAUCAGUAAGAUUUAGAUUUAAAUGGAUUUAUUUCUGCUGUAAAAAAGUUAUGUCAAUAAGAUUAAGAUCUAAAUGGAUUUAUUUCAGCUGAUAAAAAAUUAAGUCAAUAAGAUGAAUUAAAAAAAUAAUUUGAGGACUUAUUAAAGAAGUUACAAAAAGAAGGAUAAUUAAAGAUAGAUGAUUACAUGAUAUCUGUUAUUAAUUAGAGAAGAAAUGAAUAAAGAAUAAAGGGUGUUUUUGAAUUAUAUCUAUUUAACAAAAACAUCGAAGAUUUUGUUGAAAGUAUAAGAAGCAUAACUAAAAUAUUGUAAUAAGGUAAAACAUUUGAAUUUUUAGUUUAGAAUUGAUUCUUUAGACCUUGAAUUAAUUUGAGAAAGAAAAACUAUUGGAUGAAAGAAAGAUAUCAAUUUUAAAAGAGAAAGCAUAUGAUUAUCACAAGGAUUAUCCAAAAUUACUGGGUGCAUUUGCAUUAUACUUUGAAUAAGCUUCUAUAGAUUAAGAGGAAGCAAAAAAAGAAAUAUUGGAAACUCUAAGUCUUUUCAGCUCAUGAAUAAAUAUAUUAUGUUUCUUAUAAAUGUGAC